UAUUGUCAUUUUUUUUGAAUCACUUUAAUUAAUGAGACGUACAGUAAUUUUAUUGCAGAGUGACACACAUGAAACAUAAGAGGAUCUUUGAUCGAACCUGAUUGGCUCAAGAGACGCUUCCUGUCAGAGCCAGUCACGCCCAAUGACUGUUUUCUACACUCCAUUAAACGGCUCUGCUUCCAGCCACCGCUAGAGGGCAUCGUUACACCUGUUUUAGCCAGUGAGUGUGGAAAACAUUGGGUCAAACUCGUUUAACGUCGUUCAGACAACCCACUUUAUCUUUAAAUGGGCUGGAAUGGUUAAUAUCCCCUCUCUCUCAGUGUAAAGAAGUUUUUAAUGGAAAUUUAAUCCCUGCAAUAUCUCAGUAUAAGAAAAAUAAGUGACAUUUCUACAAUUAGUCUUAGUUUUUCUACAUCAUGAAGACGUACUUUUGAUAAAAGAAAAAUCUGCCAACAUGACUUUUUGGGCUUAAAUUAAUAUAAAUAAACAGAUAAAUGUGUAAAAUUACCAAAAAAAAAAAAAAAGUUCCGGUAGCUCAUUACCCAGACUCUCCUGUAAUUAAACUGCCUCUGGUAAGAGUAGAUGUUACAUUUAGGUGAUGAAUGUGGGCCUUUAUUAACUGCCCACCCCUGAUCUAGACCAAGCUCUUAAUCAUAUAUGGUUUGGAAUCUACAAAGUUAUGCAUAUGAUUUGGACAGCAGUCACAUAAUAUAUAACAGUCAUGGAGAUCAAUAAGUGGCUCUGUCCAGUAAACAAUGUGAAGAGUAAACUCUACAUUUCUUCAUCAGAAAUAAAUAUCAUUUGAUUGAUCAGCUAGACAAAAUACAAAAAUACAAAGAAAAAAAGGCAUGUGUUUCUUAUAAUGAACAUAAUAAACAAGCUUCAAUGAAACAACCUUCAAUUAAAAUACCACAGCUGGCUCCUUAGUGUACUGUAGCUAGACAGAUUUGCUCUAUUGAAUAUAUCCACUAAUCUCAGACUUCUUUUUUGUACAGGUGACGUGAGGAGUUAGUGUCCAUACAUGUGCCUGAACAACAUGCAUCAGCAGUACAGAUUACAGAGCGACGCUGUAGUAAACCUUCACAUGAAUGGAGCAGGUGUGUUUACCUAUGUGAUGGAAGGAGGCUGGGCUGGAUUAGCAGCUAUAAUGCAACUCAAUCUGAGAGACUGCUGAUGAAAGGAGAAUGUCACGGUUCACGCUAGACAAAAAGUCUGUUCAGGACAGUCUCAGGAACAGGAAACUGCUGCCCCCCUCCUGCUGAAUGCCAGUCGGCCAAUCCCUCAUCAAUGAUCUGCUUGGGUACAAGUGAUGAUGGAAUCAUCAGUUUGUUGGCAGGUGGCGUCAUAAUCGUCUCUAAGUCUGUGCUGUAUAAAAGGACUGCACUAAUGCAACUUAAUGCAACAGUAUUUAACAGCAACUCAGACCUCUUGGACACUACCAUCAUAAUCAGCUACCAAGAGAAGCAACACAAGUGGUGAGUUGAAACAACAGUUGAAACAACAGAAGCAUGAAUUUGGAGGUGGCCAAACCCGAAGGAAAGACUGGGAACAAAGCUCCCCUCAGAGCCACGGCCCCCGGCUCCCCACGCAAGUCUGCACCCAAGUUCAAACAGAGGAACACGCGGCAGUUCAAGAGCAAGCCUCCCAAAAGAGGAGUGAUUGGCUUUGGAGAGGAGAUCCCAGGAAUGGAAGGUCUUGGAACUGACAUCACUGUAAUCUGCCCAUGGGAGGCUUACAGCCAUCUAGAGCUACAUGAGCUUGCCCAGUAUGGCAUCAUCUGAUUAUCUCUGCUGUUAAGUUGUUUUUAAAUAAAUGUGGCAAAUUUUAAAUUUCAGUAUUUAGUUUCAAUAAUCUGGAUCGUCAGUACUGGCUGGAAAGGUGUCUUUAUAUGUCUGCAUACUGUGAAUGCUGUUUUUUGUCUUACAUAUUUUUUAUUGUAAACCUAAUUUCAUAAUGAUCUCAAGCUGCCAUGUUCACAAAACGUGUAUCUCGAAUGUGUUCUCGCGUCAUUGCUUGAGUCUGUGGUUUUAGCUAGAACUCUGUUAGCUUGGUUCCUGCACAAUCGUCAGCACUGUCUUUAUCAUAUUUAAUCAAACUCUUGAAUAAAUGUUGACAUUUUUAACACAA